AUGCUCUCCGCGUUCAGCGCCCGGCCGAUUGUCGAGCUGAAGCAGCGCGACAAGUCCAAGAUCGAGUCGAUCCUGGCGUACGGUGACCGCGUGCUCGUCGGCCUCAACACAGGCGCCCUGCGCAUCUACCGCGUCAACGAGGAGACGGGCCAGCCCGCGCGGAACGGCGCAGCGAACGGCGACCCCGGCACCGACACGAAUGGCGACGCGAGCACGACAGCGACGGGGACAGCACCAGCACCAGCACCAGCACCAGCACCAGCACCAGCGGCACCAACACCAGCGGCAUCAACACCAGCGGCACCAACACCAGCGGCACCAACACCAGCGGCACCAACACCAACGCCAACACCAGCAUCAACAACGCCAGCCAAGGCCGCCGAACUCCUGCGCGAAGAGGACAAGUUCUCGCGCCGCCCGAUCCAGCAGCUCGCCAUCAUCAAGGAGGCCAACAUCCUCGUCUCGCUGUCGGACAACCAUGUCUCCAUCCACGACCUGCAGACGUACCAGCUGCAGGAGAAGCUCGAGAAGACGCGCGGCGCCACCACCUUUGCUGCCGCCAGCAACAUCGUCAAGGACCCCACCACCGGCAUCCCCUCCAUCGUGAGCCGCCUGGCCGUCGCCGUCAAGCGCAAGAUCAUCCUGUGGACAUGGCAGGACAUGGAGCUCAGCGGCGACGCAACCGAGCUGGCCCUCAUUGCCUCGGUAAAGAGCCUGACCUGGGCCACGGGCACCAAGCUCGUGGCCGGCAUGGACCCGGGCUUCGUCAUGGUCGACAUGGACACCCAGCACGUCCAGGACAUUGUCAAGCCUGGCGCCAUGGGCGAUGCAGGCGGCCAGGGCGGCCAGGGCGGUGCCCGCUUCGGCGCCGUCUCGUCGUCUGGCAUGGGCUACAUGGGCAUGGGCAGCUGGGUGCCCAAGCCGCUCGCGACACGUCUCGGCGAGGGCCAGAUGCUGCUCGCCAAGGACGUCAACAGCCUGUUCAUCGAUGCCGACGGCAAUGCCCUCGACAAGCGCCAGGUGCCGUGGCCUUUUGCCCCCGAGAUGCUCGCCUAUUCCUACCCAUACAUGCUGGCGCUGCAGGCACCCUCAAAAGGCAGUCUGGAGGUCAGGAACCCAGACACGCUGAACUUGCUCCAGUCCAUAUCGCUGCCAAACGUCACAUUCCUCCACGUACCGCAGCCCAACAUCAGCUUGGCCCAUGCCGGCAAAGGCUUCCUCGUCGCAAGUGACCGCUGCAUAUGGCGCAUGGGUGCGCAAAGCUACGAGACGCAGAUCGACCAGCUGACAGCGAACGGACGUUAUGACGAAGCGCUGAGUCUGCUAAACAUGCUCGAAGAUACACUCUUACAGGACAAGGAGGGCAGGGUCCGGGAAAUCAAGACCCUGAAGGCUGAGGCUUUGUUCCACGACAAGAAGUGGCACGAUGCCAUGGACCUGUUCAUCGAUGCCAAGGCGCCCCCGGAGCGUGUCAUAGCGCUGUAUCCGCGGGCUGUGGCUGGCGACUUGUCGCACGAAGAAAGCGUAAAGGGCGAUGGGAGUGUAGCAGACGAGGAGGAGCACGAGAGCGAGAAGCACACGGAGGAGUCCGAGGAGGUUAAGAAGAUCAGCAGGGAGAGCACCUUCAAUCCUGCGACCACAAUCGGCCGAUCAAUGAUGGGUAGAUUGGUUGGUGGGCACAAGAAAGUGGACUCGGACACAGCUUCAAUUCGCUCCUCGGUCCGCGAAGAUGCAGCAGAGACAGCAAGCAUCAGACCACCUAGGAAGGUCACAGAGACUACACAACCGGACAAGCAGGUCGACUUCAGUAAUGCUGUUCGCGCACUACAGUCGUACCUCGCCCAAUGUCGCGUCCAGAUCAAGCGCUACAUCGAUACCGACGGAAAUCUGAAAGAGGCACUUCCGGCCCCCAGCGACAGUCAGCCUGAGGAGUACAAACCCCCCUUCCACUACUUUAUCCAGGACACUGCGGGCGAGGUGGACUGGACUGCAAAGCUCCUCCAUGUCGCGCAACUUGUUGACACAACCCUCUUCCGCGCCUACAUGCUCACCAAGUCCACGCUAGCAGGCUCCCUCUUCCGUCUGCCUAACUUCUGCGAGCCUGAUGUGGUACAGGAGAAACUCUACGAAACAGGGCGCUAUGCUGAUCUCAUCGAUUUCCUGCACGGCAAGAAGUUGCAUCGUCAGGCCCUGGAACUACUCGAGAAAUUCGGCAAGAACGAGGCAGACGAGGAAGUCGCACCUGCCCUGCAAGGCCCUCAACGCACGGUAGGAUACUUGCAGCAGCUGCCGCCCGAGAUGAUCGAUCUCAUACUCGAGUUCGCCGAGUGGCCUCUCCGCACCGAUCCAGGCUUAGGCAUGGAUGUAUUCCUUGCGGACACGGAGAACGCCGAGACGCUUCCGCGCCAUAACGUCCUCGAGUUUUUGGAAAAGUUGGAUUUGAAACUCGCAGUCAAGUAUCUCGAGCACAUCAUCGAGGAGCUGAACGAUCUCACGCCAGAUUUCCAUCAGAAGCUCGUUGAUCUGUUCCUUGAGCGGCUGAGGAACGGUGAUUUUGAAGACGACGAGGAGAAAGGAAGGUGGCGUGAGCGACUGCAAACGUUCCUGAAGACAAGUGGGAAUUACAACAACUACCGCGUGUUUAAGCAGCUGAGCCCUGAUGAUCCCGAUUUCUUUGAGUCUCGCGCUAUCGUGUUGAGUAAGAUGGGCCAGCACAAACAAGCGCUCCAGAUCUACGUUUUCCAGUUGAAAGACUACACAAAAGCCGAAGAGUACUGCAACACCAUCUUCCUCUCCGCUACCACCCCCUUCACAACCCCGCACCCCCAAGCGCAAAGCCCAUCCGAAAAAGACACACAAGAGCCCUCCAUAUAUCAUACCCUGCUGAGUCUCUACCUUACACCCCCACCCCCGCACUCAGCCAACUGGCCUCCCGCGCUAGAGCUGCUCUCCAAGCACGGCGCCCGUCUCCCGGCGGCCACGACUCUGGACCUGGUGCCACCAUCGCUCCCCGUGGCCGAUCUGGAGAGCUACUUCAAGGGACGCAUUCGGGCGGCCAACUCACUCCUCAACUCGGAACGCAUCGUCGCGCGCCUGCGCGGCGUCGAGAAGAUGGGCGUUGAGAGUAGUCUGCUCCUCGGGUCCGAGUUUGAGAAGAACCCCCACAAACCUGGCGGGCUGAAUCGACGUGUCGUUGUUGACGAGGAUCGCCACUGUGCCGUUUGUCACAAACGGUUCGGCGGGAGUGCGAUUAGAGUCUGGCCCGACGGGAGUGUCGUGCAUUCUGGCUGCAUGCGGGGCAGCGUGGGGCGUGGUGGAAGCGUGGAGAGGCCAAGGGCGUGGUAG